UUGGAUCGAUUGGCCAGAGACACACCUCGUGAAGCCGCCGAAUCGCUGUCGUAUGUGCCUCAAUUAGAAGUCUCCGAGACGACGACCUCCGUCAUAUCUCUCCAUAUCACUUACUUCCGGAAUAGAGGAUUCCCUGUAGCGAUAACCCUCAAUCACGCGGUUCUCAAAGGGAAGACCACCGCCAUGUUUCUCAGAGCUUGGGCUUCGAUCUGCAAGCACGGAGAGAAUCAUCGGCUCCCGAAGGAGCUCACCCCGUCAUUCGAUCGAACCAAGGGAACCAAGAGAGUCGUCAACCACGGGAGGGAAUUCACGCUAAUUGUCGAAGUCAGCUCGGCGGUGGAGAUCGACAUAUUCGUCGACCAUAGCGCUGUCGGCGCCGGCGAGCGGUUGUAUCGGCUCUACUCUGGGUCGACCCGGCAUGCCCGUUCUCGACCCGGAUGCAAGGUCUCCGUGGAGCUCAGGUCGUUUGACUACGACGGAACGCUAAGUGUGAAGGUGGAGCGGGUCAGGCGGAGGCAGGGUGGGGCCUUGCAGGUCGCACGACGGCGCAAUCGUCAGGAGGGCGAAGGUAGGGGAGGAGAAGGGAGGGAGUUUUGGGCUGGUGAGGGCGGGACGAGGGGAACUGAGAGAGUCAUCAACUACGGGAGGAAAGUCACGCUAAUCAUCGAUGUCAUCUCCGCCAGAUUCACCUUCGCCAACCAUUGCGAUGUUGGUGCAAACAAGCGGCUAUACCAACUCCACCUGUGGGUCGACCCGGCGUCCCCGUUCACAAUCCAGACUGUCUUGACCUGGACCGGCCCGACUUGGAAGCAGGGAUGCAAGAUCCCCGUGGAACUCGGGUCGCUUCACUAUGAUGGGACGCUAAGCGUGGAAGUGGAGUGGGUCGGACGAAGGCUGGGUGGCGACCGGCCGAGGACGUCAUCGGAAGGGCGAAGGUGCGGCUACCAAAGGGACAUAGGGAACGAGAGAGUCGUCAACCACUGGAGGGAAUUCACGCUAAUUGUCGACGUCAGCUUGGUGGUGGAGAUCGACACGUUCGCCGACCACAGCGACGACGAGCGGUUGUACCGGCUCUACCUGUGGGUCGACCCGGCGUGCCCGUACUCGACCCGGAUGGUCUGCACCUGGACUGGCCCGACUUGGAAGCAGGGAUGCAAGGUCCCCGUGGAGCUCGGGUGGCUUGAUUACGACGGGAUGCUAAGCGUGGAGGUGGAGCGGGUUGGGCGGAGGCCGGGUGGAGAUCGGCCGGGGACGCUGCACGGUGAUGCGAUCAUCGGGAGGGCGAAGUCGAACCCGUGCCAAUGGGGGGUGACUGCGGAUCUGAUCGAGAUCGACGUGGGUCAUGGGUUCAUCUCGACUUGGUCCGAUAUUAACCGGGCAUUCCUCCUGUUGCGAAGGGGCGGGGUCAUGUUCGGGCAUGACUAUUUUCGUAACGCGGUUGGCUUUGGGGUGAGACGGGCGGUAAACUUGUUUGCGAAGAUUUAUGGGCUUAAGGUCCAAAUCGAUGGCGAACAUUGGGUGAUCCGCACCUCUUGA